CGCCAUUGGCUGCGCGAUCGGGCGAUGGCGGCUGCUGGUGUGUCGUGCCAGGGUGUCCUUUCUCGGAGAGGAGCGGACUCCUCAGUCUGCAGAGCAGCGCGAAAGAGGAGGGUGUUGCCUGCGUGUGACCGUGUAGCGCCAGGUCAGUGAAGUACAGAAGAAGUCUUGAAAAUGUUGUCCAGACUCUUCAGAAUGCAUGGCCUUUUUGUAGCCUCUCAUCCAUGGGAAGUCAUUGUGGGGACAGUGACUCUCACAAUCUGUAUGAUGUCCAUGAAGAUGUUCACUGGGAAUGAUAAGAUCUGUGGCUGGAAUUAUAAGUGCCCCAAACUCGAGGAAGAUGUUCUGAGCAGUGACAUCAUCAUCCUGACAAUCACGCGCUGUAUAGCAAUCCUUUAUAUAUAUUUCCAGUUUCAGAACCUAAGGCAGCUUGGAUCAAAAUACAUUUUAGGUAUUGCUGGCCUCUUCACAAUCUUCUCAAGUUUUGUUUUUAGUACAGUGGUAAUUCACUUCUUGGAUAAAGAGCUGACAGGUUUAAAUGAAGCUUUACCAUUCUUUCUGCUUCUGAUUGAUCUCUCAAGAGCAAGUGCAUUAGCCAAAUUUGCUCUCAGUUCCAACUCACAGGAUGAAGUAAGAGAAAAUAUUUCACGUGGAAUGGCAAUUUUAGGCCCUACAUUUACACUGGAUGCACUUGUGGAGUGUCUUGUAAUUGGUGUUGGCACUAUGUCAGGUGUACGACAGCUUGAAAUUAUGUGCUGCUUUGGCUGUAUGUCUGUGCUUGCCAACUACUUUGUCUUCAUGACCUUCUUUCCAGCUUGUGUGUCCUUGGUAUUGGAGCUUUCGAGAGAGUCUCGUGAGGGACGCCCUAUAUGGCAACUCAGCCAUUUUGCCCGUGUUCUGGAAGAAGAAGAAAACAAGCCAAAUCCUGUAACACAGAGGGUCAAAAUGAUUAUGUCUCUGGGGUUGGUUCUUGUUCACGCCCACAGUCGCUGGAUAGCGGAACCGGCUGCUCAGAACAGUACUGUAGAAAAUUCAGUGGGACUGGAUGACAAUGCACCAAAGAGAAUUGAGCCUAAUGUUUCAUUAUGGCAGUUCUACCUUUCUCGAAUGGCCAGCAUGGAUAUUGAACAAGUAAUCACUCUUGGAUUAGCCCUUCUUCUUGCCGUCAAAUAUAUUUUCUUCGAGCAAGCAGAAACCGAGUCCACACUCUCACUGAAGAAUCCUAUAACAUCUCCAGUGAUGGUCCAGAAAAAGGUCCCUGAGAAUUGUUGCAGGAAGGAAUCUGUACUUCUGAAAACCAGUCAUAAAUCUAACGUAGUAGAAGAAGGCUUAGUUCCCAAAGAUGGAAAUGCUGAAGUCAUAAAACCUGUACUAGCAGAGUCAUCAGCCAAGGCUACAUUUGUAGUUGGCAGUUGCAGCCCUGUGGAAACAUCUUCAUUUCCUAAUGGAAAAGAGGGAGAAACUGAGUUGCCUGCAGAGCCACGUUCUAUUGAGGAAUGUGUUCGUAUACUUCAAAAUGCAGAGAAAGGAGCCAAAUUCCUUACUGAUACUGAGGUUAUCAGCUUAGUUAAUGCUAAGCAUAUUCCUGCAUACAAAUUGGAAACCCUGAUGGAAACUCAGGAGCGAGGUGUGUCCAUUCGCCGACAGAUGUUAUCUAAGAAACUCUCUAAUCCUUCAUCUUUGCAGUAUCUUCCUUACAGGAAUUACAAUUAUUCUUUGGUUAUGGGAGCUUGCUGUGAAAACGUGAUUGGAUAUAUGCCUAUUCCUGUAGGCAUAGCAGGACCACUGUUUUUGGAUAACAAAGAGUUUCAGGUGCCAAUGGCAACAACUGAAGGAUGUCUGGUAGCAAGCACAAACAGAGGAUGUAGAGCAAUAUGUCUGGGUGGAGGAGCAAGUAGCUGUAUUCUUGCAGAUGGAAUGACUCGAGGACCUGUUGUAAGGAUGCCCACUGCUUGCCAGGCUGCAGAAGUGAAAGUUUGGCUUGAAAGCCCUGAAGGCUUUAAAACAAUGAAGGAAGCUUUUGACAGCACAAGCAGGUUUGCCCGUCUACAAAAACUUCUCAUCAGUUUGGCUGGUCGUAACCUUUAUAUCCGUUUUCAGUCUGCAACAGGGGAUGCAAUGGGAAUGAAUAUGAUUUCAAAAGGUACUGAAAAAGCACUGGCAAGGUUAAGUGAAGAGUUUCCUGAUCUUCAGGUUAUAGCUAUUAGUGGUAACUAUUGUACAGACAAAAAACCUGCUGCUAUCAACUGGAUAGAAGGAAGAGGGAAGUCUGUUGUCUGUGAAGCAGUCAUUCCAGCCAAGGUUGUUAGAGAAGUAUUGAAGACAACUACAGAAGAUAUAGUUGAAGUCAACAUAAACAAAAAUUUGGUGGGCUCUGCAAUGGCUGGUAGCAUAGGUGGCUACAACGCACAUGCGGCCAACAUUGUGACAGCUAUUUACAUUGCCUGUGGUCAGGAUGCUGCACAGAACGUGGGCAGCUCUAACUGCAUCACUUUGAUGGAGCAAACUGGUUCCACGAAUGAAGACCUCUACAUCAGCUGCACAAUGCCUUCCAUAGAAGUAGGAACUGUUGGUGGAGGCACCAACUUGCUCCCACAGCAGGCGUGUUUGCAGAUGUUAGGGGUUCAAGGUGCAAGCCAAGAUAACCCUGGUGAAAAUGCCCGUCAGCUGGCUAAAAUUGUUUGUGCUACAGUGAUGGCAGGGGAAUUGUCACUAAUGGCAGCUCUUGCAGCUGGGCAUCUAGUCAAGAGCCACAUGAUCCACAACAGGUCAAAAAUAAACCUACAAGAUCUUCAAGGAACCUGCACUAAGAAAGUGGCUUGAAUGCUAAAUCGGCUUUGCAAUGAAGAAUUAUUCUAGCAGCUGACUACGUGCACGGGGGAACAAAACAAAAUCUGUGAAGUUUAUAAUGAAAAUCGCCUUCAACCCACUGUCUGUGUAAAGUAAUCUGAGAGCUCAACAGACUUCUGUGAGACUAAGUAGACCUCUGACCUUCAGUGGUUAGAGAUGACUAUAUGUAAAAAGUCUUGUCAGAUGUCUUGAGCAUGGCUUUGGAAUUCUCACUCCUGCACAGCAUUUUCUAAAGAAUUAGUCUUCUGGUUUUUACAGGUGGAUACUAUUCUGACAACUAUGCUCCUGGUAACUACCAAGCUGAAAAGUGAUGUCAUGUACUUUGUACAUCUGGGGAAAAAAGGAAGACAAAACCAAACCAAAAAAAGUAGAUCUAAACUUGGCUUGAAUGCACUGGUCUUUGCCAUGGUUUUUAAAAUGAUGGCAAGCUUAAUCGCUUUCCAUCAGCUCCCAAUUUAAUUUUGUUCACAUGUAAAGCAUAGGUCCUAGAAAAUUUUAUCAGAUCAUUAAUUUUAUAGAAACUCUAUCUGCAUACCGUACUUAGCUGGCGUUCCAGCUAAGCCUC